CCAAGAUGGCGGCGCGAGGCUUCUGUCGCUCGCCUGCGCUGGGCGUGAACCGCGGAGCCAUCGCGACGCAGCCGCGCGCGCUCUGACGGAGCGGGCACCGCGGCGGCGGUGGUGGUGGUGGCCGUGUCGAGGUGGGUGAGUGGAGGCGAUAAACUCGGAAGCCUUGGGACUCGAGACCUAGGAUCUGGGACCUGGGACCUGGGCAGUCGCCCCCCAACGGAGAAGGGGGGGGGGAGCCCCCCAAUCGCUUGCCAAGCGUACUGACCGGAGGUGCGGGGCAACCGCAGACGAGGCGCAGGAAGGCAGCAGCAGCAGCAGCAGCCACGUGGCAGCGGUGAGGAGCCGGCACCACCAGCAAUUGCCCCGGCAUCAAAUCGCAUCGAGCGCCGCGUUCCGUCCCGCGAGCUCCUCCGUCGGCGCCGUCCAGGGCCACCCGCCCUCCCCCAGCCGGCCCCCAACCCUUUCCCAUCGGCGGUGCCGCCGCGAUGAGGAUGGAGGAGGCUCUGAACGUGAAGGAGGCGGAGGUGGUCAAGCUCGUCCUGGACUUUCUGCACUCGCGCAAGCUGCACGUGAGCACGCUGGCUCUGGAGCGCGAGAGCGGCGUCAUCAACGGCCUCUACUCGGACGACAUGCUCUUCCUGAGGCAGCUCAUCCUGGAUGGGCAGUGGGACGACGUUCUGGAAUUCAUCCAGCCACUGGAGGCCAUGGAGAAGUUCCAGUCGAAGAGGUUCCGCUACCUGGUGCUCAAGCAGAAGUUCCUGGAGGCGCUGUGCAUCAACAAGGCGGUGCCAAUGGACGAGGAGCCACGCCAGCUGGAGUUCACGGUGGAGGCGGUGGUGCAGUGCCUGCAGUCGCUGGAGCCGUUCUGCCCGAGCCGCGAGGACUACAGCGGCCUGUGCCUGCUGCUCACGCUGCCCCAGCUCACGGAGCACGCCGAGUUUCGCGAGUGGAGCCCCAGCGCGGCGCGCGUGCGCUGCUUCGAGGAGGCGUGCGCCCUCGUCUCUGACUUCAUCCCGGCCGACCGCAAGCUGAGCGAGGCCGGCUUCCGCGCCAGCCCCGACCGCCUGCUGCAGCUGCUCGUCAAGGGGCUGCUGUACGAGGCCGCCCUGGAGCUGUGCCAGGCGCAGGCAACGGGCGAGCCGCUGCUGGGCGACGCCGACGUGCUGCAAGGCGUGGACCUGCUGAGUGGGAACGGCUGCGACGAGAUGGACCCGAGCCUGCUAUCGUGGCUGCGCUGCAUCCCGGCGGAGACUUUCUCCUGCGCCUUCGAGCAGAAGACGCUCUCCGUGCAGCUGGACCGCCUCGUGCGGCCCGUCAAGGCCACGCUGUCCGACCUGCUCACCCCACUCAUGCAGAAGCUGUCCCCGUUCCCCGCGUCCCCGUUGCGCCGGCGCCCGCAGUCGGCCGACACGUUCGCGAUGUCGCGCUCGCUCACCCCGGCUCUCGACGGCCUCGCCUGCGGCCUGGCCGGCAGGCGGCACGCGGGCGCCGGGUCCGCGGGGGCCCGCGGAGGGUCCGGCGGAGGCCCUCCCGGCAGGGGUUCGGGUCCCGGGGACGGCCGGGCGCCGCCGCCGAUGACGACGCCGCCGCCGCCGCCGCCGCCGCCGGCCGCGCUGUCGCGCUCCUUCGCCAGCUUCCACUACCCCGGGGCCCUCGGCCGCAGCCUCAUCCCAGAGAGCCCCGAGGGGCCCGGCGCCGGCGAGGAGGCGACGGCAUCGGCGGGGCACGACAGGGCUCCGGAAGCCAACAGCUCAGGGCCAGCCGCACAGCCAGCACAGCCAGCACAGCCAGCACAGUCUCCCGUCAAGGCAGCAGAGCCGCGCGACUCUACGGAGCAGCAGUUUGCCGAGUACUGCCGCCAGCGCCUGCGCUACCAGCAGCACCUGGAGGCGCAGGAGUCCCAGCGCCAGCUCUACCAAGCCAUGCUGCUGGAGGGGGGCGUGGCCGCCAGCGACGUCGCCCCCGCCCAUCACACCGCGCGCCAGCAGCGCCUCACCGAUCAGUUCCUCAGCCGGUCAAUGCAGAAGCUGGAGGAGAUGACCGUGAGCAUGGAAGGCCUCAGCCCCGACCUCCAGCAGUCGCUGGGCCUGGAUCCCGUGACCGCCGAGGCCUUCGCGCCGGCAAGGCCUUCCCACGAUGGCGGCGCCCCUCAGCGCGGCGGCGCUAACGGUACGCGGCCGGGCGCCGGCACCGGCGCCGGCGGCGACGGCGGCGACGGCGGCGGCGGCGGCGGCGGCGGCGGCGGCGGCGAUCGACCGGACGUGGAGGCCGGCGGAGCCCAGAGCAGCACGCCGCGGAAAGGCUCAACGCCAACGAGGGUGCCUCGUCCGCAGGAGUCGCCCGUGCGAUUCGCUGACAAGCUGGGGGUGUCUGGGCGACUUGAGGACUCGGGAGGCGAUGUCAGGAGCCCCGCGCGGAACGAGCAGGAGCGCGACGACCGCCCGUUUGUGGCGGUGACGACGCUGGAGGAUGCGCAGGCGGUGCGCGCCGUCGCCUUCCACCCGGGCGGGCAGCUGUACGCCGUCGGCUCCAACUCGAAGACGCUGCGUGUGUGCGCCUACCCAGACUCCUUCUCCUUCCGUGACGACCAGGAGGUGCGCGCCCCAGCCGUGCGCUUCAAGCGCAACAAGCACCACAAGGGCUCCAUCUACUGCGUGGCAUGGAGCCCACGCGGGGACCUCCUGGCCACCGGCUCCAACGACAAGUGUGUCAAGGUGCUGCCCUUCAGCGCCGACACCUGCAACGCCGUGGGGCCUGACCUGGAGUUCAGCAUGCACGACGGGACCAUCCGUGACCUGGCGUUCCUGGAGACGCCCGACAGCGGCGCUCCCGUGCUCGUGAGCGCGGGAGCCGGCGACUGCAACAUCUACACCACGGACUGCCGGGCCCGCCAGGGCCUGCACGCGCUCAGCGGGCAUACGGGCCACGUGCUGUCGCUGUACGCGUGGGCCGGCUGGCUCGUGGUGUCCGGGGCGCAGGACAAGACCAUCCGCUUCUGGGACCUGCGCGUGCCCUCCUGCGUCAGCGUCGUGGGCACCGCCCUCUCCGGCUCCGCGGGCAGCGCGGUGGCGGCCGUCGCCGUGGACCCGAGCGGGCGCCUGCUGGCGGCGGGCCUGGAGGACAGCAGCUGCGUUCUCUACGACGUGCGGGGCGGCCGCGUCGUGCAGCUCUACCGCCCGCACGCCGCCGACGUGCGCUCCGUUCGCUUCUCGGGCGGUGCGCACUACCUGCUCACCGGCUCCUACGACGGGCGCGCCAUGCUCACCGACCUGCAGGGGGAUCUGACGAAGCCGCUGCCCGUCACGGUCGCGGCCGAGCACACGGACAAGGUGAUCCAGUGCCGGUGGCACCCGGAGGACCUGGCCUUCCUCAGCUCGUCCGCCGACAGGACCGUCACCCUGUGGGCCUACAGGGGAUAACCAACUAGUCGGGGCGGCGGGGGGGGGGGGGGCGGCUUCAACGGGGAUCGACCAAUCACGGAGCAGUGGUGACAGCGGAGAUAGACCAAUUACAGGCCUAGGGAUAUUGGAGGUGGACCGGUUGUUGGGCGGCAUCACCGGGAAUGGGCCAAUCGCGAGGCAGCGGCCCGUUGGGGUGAUAGAACGAAUGACGCAGCGGGAUAACCUAGGAUAAACUAUUUUUUUCAUUUUACCAGUUAAGGCCUGUUUCAAAAGCGACCUGAACGAUGUGGCCCUAAACGCACGUUGAUUCUAAAUGUGGAGGGAAACACAGGAGGCCUCAGAAAAAUCAACGCGACCACAAGGAGAGAGAGAGAGAGACAUGCAAGCUCCAAAUAUACAGCAGGCGUCUGGGUCGUGCAUACCAGGCGAGUUGGUUAACACCUCACCAUCGUGGUACCUGAGACGGACCAAUUGGUGAACGGAGCCCUCGGGGAUAAACCAAUCAUGGAGUAGAAUGGACCAGUGAUGAUCGGUGGGGGAGGGAAGUAUUUGAGAAAAGGUCAAUCGCUGGAGAGUACGUCGGUGAGGAUAGACCAAUCACAGUGGCGGUAACUCGUGGGAGGGAACAAGCCAAUCGGUGGAGAGUACCCCGGUGAGGAUAGACCAAUUACAGUGGCGGUAACUCGUGGGAGGGAACAAGCCAAUCGGUGGAGAGUACCCCGGUGAGGAUAGACCAAUUACAGUGGCGGUAACUCGGAGGGAGGGAACAAGCCAAUCGGUGGAGAGUACCCCGGUGAGGAUAGACCAAUUACAGUGGUGGUAACUCGUGGGAGGGAACAAGCCAAUCGGUGGAGAGUACCCCGGUGAGGAUAGACCAAUUACAGUGGCGGUAACUCGGAGGGAGGGAACAAGCCAAUCGGUGGAGAGUACCCCGGUGAGGGUAGACCAAUUACAGUGGCGGUAACUCGUGGGAGGGAACAAGCCAAUCGGCAGGACAGCACCCGCGAGGGAGAGAGACCAGUCAUGGGAGGGCGGCCGCCCCGGUUGACCGCGUCGCGACGCUCCGAGUGAACCCCCCCCCACCGCGUCGCGCCCCGCGAAUCCCUCACUUCCUCGACCGAUUUAUCUUUCAACGACGCCUCAAGGCAAAAUAGCGACGUCGCGUCGAGCUGAGGGCGGAAGCAAAGGCUGCCGUCAACCGUUCGGUCCCACCUGCGUCCGCGCUUGACUCACGGCAGCCGCGUCGGAAGUGUCACCGACCUCGUAAGGAGCCGACGGCCGACUUAACCCUGCAGUUAACCCUUCCCCAUUCCGAUGGCGUGCACGUACGGUGAUGUCCUCCGCCAGUUUUCAGAGGGGGGCGGGGGGGUGCCCACUUUCGCCUUCAAGGUAUCACGAGUGUGAGCGAGGGCCGCCACACAUUUGAAACCAUUGAUGAUGAUGACGACGACGAUGAUGACGACGACGAUGACGACGACGAUGAUGACGACGACGCCGCAGGGUGAUUUCACUCUUGAGUGUCAGGGGCCGCACUAAAGGCCACCAGGGGCCGCUGGUGGUCCGCGUGGCCUUGCAAUGAAGACCACCGGUCGUGCGUUUUUCUCCUGAUGCCAUGCCGACGAAGUUCACGUGAAUAUGAACUUCAUCGGUACCCAAGGCUUCCACAAGGGCCACGCGGGAGAGAUCGGCGUGUGGCAAAGCGUUGGCGCCGGCCAUCGUGGAGUGCGGCAGUCGUGCCGCUACGGUUCCCCGCGGCGAGUGACGACGCCUUUAAAAACAACGGCGCCAACCACUGCGCCUCUCUAAUUAAGAUCAACGCCGAGAUUCAGCGGUGAACGAGGACCCCCUCCCCCCCCCCACACACACGCAUUGCCUGCCACAGACGUCUCGGAACGGGGAAAGGGUCUAAAAUAACUCUUAAUCUCCAUCCUUCGAUGGACUGCAGCAAAGCACAAACACACACACACACACGCACGGGGCGAUCAACUCGAGAUGAAACGAAUCGCAUAGUUGCGGGAAACCGACAUCGCGACGAUCGUUGAGGGUGUUGUAUCGUGAACAAAAUUGAUAUCGCGGCCGCCGCCUGGUGCACACCAUUCCGUCAACACGCCCGCCAGUCUCUGUAUGUGCAGUCGGUUCUCCUGUGCCACCACGUAGUUUUCAAAACGCGAUGAAUGUAUCGGGGGGGGGGGAGGAGGGGACGCAUUGUUUUAUAACGCGGAUGCGAAUUGGAUAGAACGCGCUCGAGCGAACGGAGCUACGUCGCAGCGCGAGUAGGAAUCGGCGGCCGUGCGGCUGCCUCGGCGUGGCGCCGUGACGCAAGGCAUUGGGAUGCUGCUGGAUGCUUCUAGAUGCUCGCCACGCGCCUCGGUCCUUGUUCGGCCUGCGUCUCGCAUCUCGCGCUUUGCCCCCUGCAUUGCGUGUUAUUUAUUACAACGCGAUUUUCACCGUCACGCGGCGUUCUUCAGGAGGGCCGACUGCUCCCGCGCCAUCGGAGGAACACGACUGUAAUAUAUACUCACUCGGCAGCAGCUGCCGCUCGCCGUUUCCGCGGGCUCCACCGAUCGGGGGGCAUCCCGAAGCGGCCGCGCUCGCCUGCGCGCGUUUAAGUGUUCGUAUUUAAUGUUGCAAUAUUUAAAGCGGCCGUUUUAUUUCUUGGCGUGGCGUGGCGUGGCGUGUCGUGGCGUGUGUUUGUCGUGCCCGCGACGCCCUUCCUUCCUGUGCUGUGGUUGUUGAGCGGUUACGGCAGCGAUCGAUCGACGGCAGGCGCGUCCGCGUCCGCGUCCGCGCAGGGUUCGAAUAAACGAGAGGGGUGCCGGCCUUCG